GGGAAAAGCAAAGUCUUUACAUGUUUUCAAAGUCUGAAGAAUCAAAACAAAUUUGCGACUGUAAUGAUUUUCUUAGAUCUACAACUUAAAGUAGUUAAAGUAACGAGACAUUAACAUUAAUAACAAAAAUAAACUUAUAACAGACUGUUGGUGAUGCCUGAUCUUAAAUAUGUUGUUGUUGGUGGUGGUAUAGCGGGAGUAACCUGUGCAGAAACGCUUUCUCUAUUUGCAGAGAACGCCACUAUUACAUUACUGUCAGCGUCACCACUCAUCAAAACUGUGACUAAUCUGAUACAGAUAACUCCCAACAUUGAAAGUUUUGAUGUAGAAGAACAGCCGUACAAACAUGUGAAGGAAGGUCACUGUAAAGUUCAAGUCAUCCACACAACGGUCAACUCUCUCUGUGCUCAAGAAAAGAGACUACAUCUGUCAGACGGUAAAACUUUGGACUAUGAUCAAUUAUGUAUCUGUACUGGGGGCAAGCCAAAGCUCAUUGCAGUCGAUAAUCCGUAUGUACUUGGGAUACGUGACACAGAAAGUGUGAAGGAAUUUCAAAAGAAAUUAAAAACAGCCCAAAGGAUUGUGAUAGUUGGCAAUGGUGGAAUCGCAACUGAACUUGUGUACGAGCUUGAAGGCUGUGAAGUUAUUUGGGCCAUCAAAGACAAGUCUAUCUCCCACACGUUUGUUGACGCAGGCGCUGCCGAGUUCUUCAUGGCUCACCUGAACAAGGCCAAGGACAAUUCUCCCGAGGGGCUUUCUAAACGCUUGAAAUAUACAACCAAUGAAGAAUGUGAGGUCAUGAUGUCUGACAAGAAACCGGUUAUGGGUAGUGCCCUAGGUCCAGACUGGGCAGCUCAGUUGGACAUCCGAGGUGCUCAGCAGAUGUCUCACAGAGUCCAUGUCGAACAUGAAGUGGAAGUGGAGAGAGUCCUGUCCCCUGAUGACCUCACUCUGUUGGGGUUAAAAGCUUGCAGUGUGGAUCAAGGUCAAGAUUUCACCAACUGGCCAGUGUAUGUACAACUGACCAAUUCCAAAAUCUAUGGCUGUGACAUCAUAGUCAGUGCUACAGGUGUGGAGCCAUUCACAGAAGUCUUUCUGCCGGGUAACAAUAUUGACCUUGCUCCAGAUGGUGGGAUGAAGGUUAAUUCCAAAAUGGAGACGAGUGAGCCACAUGUUUAUGCCGCAGGAGAUGUGUGCACUGCAUGCUGGGACCCCUCACCAUAUUGGCAGCAAAUGAGGCUGUGGUCACAGGCCAGGCAGAUGGGUUGCUAUGCAGCUAAAUGCAUGGUUGCAGCUACCAAGGGAGAGAACAUCACUUUAGACUUUUGUUUUGAGUUGUUUGCCCAUGUCACAACAUUCUUUAAUUUUAAAGUUAUUCUCCUUGGAAAAUUUAAUGCCCAGAAUCUGUCCAACGACUAUGAAGUUUUGUUGAGGGUCACAAAAGGUCAAGAAUAUGUCAAGGCCAUUUUACACAACAACCGACUUGUGGGAGCUAUUCUCAUAGGGGAAACUGACCUUGAAGAGACUUUUGAAAAUCUAAUUCUGAAUGGCCUUGACCUGACUGCAUUCAAAGACAACUUGCUGGAACCUGGUAUAGAUGUAGAUGACUUUUUUGAUUGAUGGACUAUUUUGACUUGACACCACGGUGAUAUAAUCUUUGCGUAUAAAAAAUAAAGCUUACUGCCAGAAAAGCAAUGAAGUGUAACAUACAGAUAAAUAAAAGUUGAGAAUAUA